AUGAGUGAAUUGCAGAGAUCAGUAACAUCAUUCAGGAGACAAGGGUCUUCAGGGUUGGUUUGGGAUGACAAGUUCAUCAGUGGCCUUCAAAAGGAACAAGCUAAUGAGAAGGAAGGAUCCGUAGGUGGGCUGGAGCGCAGCAGAUCAGCAGGGGCAAGGCCUUAUCGGACGGUCAACGUGGCAGUGGCAGCACCCUCCGUCGACCCACCUUCUCCCAAGCUAUCAACCUUUGCCUUCUGCGGCCUCUUUCGGAAAUCUAAAAAACGUAACACCUGA